AGUCACUCUCACAAACCGACUCUCUCUCUCUCUCUCUCUCUCUCUCUCUCUCUCUCUCUCACACACACACACACACACACACACACACGCAGCGCGUGAAAUCUCAGCAGCCAGCAGCACUGCUCACGGUACAAUAUGAGGCUGCACUGAACGUGUGUGGUACCGGGGGCCAUUAUGAGUGGGAAGAGCCUCUUGCUGAAGGUCAUUCUCCUGGGGGAUGGCGGCGUAGGCAAAAGCUCCCUCAUGAACCGCUACGUGACCGACCGCUUCGACUCGCAGUCUUUCCAUACCAUCGGCGUGGAGUUCCUCAACCGUGACCUCGAGAUCGACGGCCGGUUGGUCACCCUGCAGAUCUGGGACACGGCAGGCCAGGAGCGCUUCAAGAGCCUUCGCACGCCCUUCUACCGUGGCGCCGACUGCUGCCUGCUCACGUUUGCCGUGGACGACCUCCAGAGCUUCCAGAACCUGGGCUGCUGGAAGAAGGAGUUCAUGUAUUACUCAGACGUACGAGACCCGGAGCGUUUCCCCUUUGUUGUCCUGGGAAACAAGGUGGACAAGGAAGAGCGUGAGGUCGGGGAGGACGAGGCCAGGGCUUGGUGUGAGGAAAACGGUUGCUGUCCGUACUUCGAGACCAGCGCCAAGGACGACAUGAACGUGGGGGCUGCUUUCGAGGCUGCCGUUAGGGCAGUUCUAGCCAGUGAGGACCCCAUUGACCACGCCCUGCUGAGCAGCUCCAUUGAUCUUCAUGGAAACCGUAAAGUGGCUCGCUCUUCCUGCUGUUGAGGUGCCUCCGAAUCGCUGUUGGCCUUGUGGCUUCAUAGCCGUGUGGACUUACACUCUCCUGCUGAUAUGUCUGAGAGCUCUCUGUGUACGUACAGGCACCAGACGUGUCUCGUGAGCUACACGUCUAACAGAGUUACGUAAUAUUAAAGGUAUUUUAUACACAUUAAUCUCUACACAUUCUGGCACAAAUAACAUAUUCCAUGAGGAUUUCCCAGUCGAAGGCUUGUCGGCUUGUGACGUGGUGCUUUUUUAAGUGUUUUAUGAUAGCUUAAUGUCCUGGACCGCAGAUGUAGCCACUCUUCAACAUUCUGCUGUUUUAAAUGGACCAUCUUACUAUGUUGUGGUACUCGUUUUGUCUGAUAUUUUAAAAUACACAACCCCAGAGAGUGGCACAUUGCUGACCACUGCUGUCAGUGAUAUAAAUUGCUUGAGAUAAAGGGCAUUAUGUGGCAUCGAAAGAAAUAAUGCAUUUUUAAUUUAUUUUGCUCAUAAGUUAUUAUUUGGGUGAAGUCUGACGAGAAUAGGUUUGAGUCAUAUUUCACCACAAAUUCAAAAGAAGAAAUAUUUAAAAAAAAAAAAAAAGCCUAUUCCUGGACUCCAUUACAAAUUUUAACCACAUUCUCAUUACUGUAAUAUGAAAAAUUUCAUAACAUAUUAUAUAAACUGUAAAUUAUUUAUAUGUCUUUGUAGUGUUUGUUCUAUUGGCUUCAAUUUAUGCUGGUUUUAGUAAUCAGUGUCCAGACAGCAAUUAUAGUAAGAAAAACCUUAAUGUUCUUCAUGAAAAGUUGAUUUUGGGAUGAAAUAUGACCAUUUCUUCAGUAGAUUCACCCUUUUAUGGUACGUGUGGUAAAACACAAAACCUCAGAUUAGCAUAUUGCUAACAAAUUGUUUGAGAUGCAUCAGCACAGCAUUAUUUUUUUUUAGACAGAAAGGGAAUUUCUUCUAAUAUCAAACGAUUUCUUUUUAUCUAAAUUUAUCUUUUUGUGUUGUAAGGUACAGAGAAUUGGUGUUGGAUAUUAAAUAUCUUGUUUUUUUUUUUAUGA